AUGGCAGCCCCCAGCUUCGUGCAGGAGCUGCACGCCGUGGGCGAGAGGCUGCUGCUUAAGCUGCAGAGGCUGCCGCAGGCGGAGCCCGUCGAGAUCGCCGCGUUCUCCGUCCUCCUCCUCUUCGCGGCCACUGUCCUGCUGUUACUGCUCAUCGCCUGCAGCUGCUGCUGCGCCCACUGCUGCUGCCCUGAGCAGCGCGGCAGGAAGGUCCAAGUGCGGCCCGUGACCCCAUCGUGA